AUGCUCUCGUUCUGCCCCUACUGCAACAACAUGCUGCCCGUCAGCAAGGGCGACUCCGGCGUCUACCGCCUGGGCUGCCCCUCGUGCCCCUACGAGUUCCCCAUCGAGGGCGUCGAGAUCUACGACCGCCGCAACCUGCCGCGCAAGGAGGUCGACGACGUGCUCGGCGGCGAGGGCGCCUGGGACAACGUCGACCAGACCGCGGUGCAGUGCCCCCAGCACGAGACCUGCGGCGGCGAGAAGGCGUACUUCUUCCAGCUGCAGAUCCGCUCCGCCGACGAGCCCAUGACCACGUUCUACAAGUGUGUCACGUGCGGCCACAAGUGGCGCGAGAACUAG